AUGGCUGCCUCUUUAAAGGACGGCCCUGCCUUCGUAAGUAUUAUUAACAUCAUCAUCAUCCUGGCUGGGGCCAUCGCACUCAUCAUUGGCUUUGGUAUUUCAGGCAAGCACUUCAUUACAGUCACGACCUUCACCUCAGCUGGAAACAUUGGAGAGGAUGGGACCCUGAGCUGUACUUUUGAACCGGAUAUCAAACUCAACGGUAUCAUCAUCCAGUGGCUGAAAGAAGGCAUCAAAGGUUUUGUCCAUGAGUUCAAAGAAGGCAAAGACGACUUCUCACAGCAGCAUGAGAUGUUCAGAGGCCGGACAGCAGUGUUUGCAGAUCAAGUGGUAGUUGGCAAUGCUUCCCUGAAACUGAAAAAUGUGCAGCUCACAGAUGCUGGCACCUACACGUGUUACAUCCGCACUUCAAAAGGCAAGGGAAAUGCAAACCUUGAGUAUAAGACUGGAGCCUUCAGUAUGCCAGAGAUAAAUGUAGACUAUAAUGCCAGUUCAGAGAGUUUACGUUGUGAGGCUCCUCGGUGGUUCCCCCAGCCUACAGUGGCCUGGGCAUCUCAGGUUGACCAAGGAGCCAACUUCUCAGAAGUCUCCAACACCAGCUUCGAGCUGAACUCUGAGAAUGUGACCAUGAAGGUUGUAUCUGUCCUCUACAAUGUCACAAUCAACAACACAUACUCCUGUAUGAUCGAAAACGACAUUGCCAAAGCCACGGGGGACAUCAAAGUGACAGAUUCAGAAGUCAAAAGGCGUAGUCAGCUGCAGCUGCUGAACUCCGGGCCCUCCCCGUGUGUUUCUUCUGUCUUUGCGGCUGUCUGGGCACUCCUAGCUCUCUCCUGUUGCCUGAUGCUAAGAUGAGGGGCCUUGGCCACACAAAAGCAUGCAAAGUUACUGGUACAGCAGAAUCCGAGGGAUCUACAGAAAUAUUUUCCACAAGACAUGACCUAAUCUUAUAUUUCUAGAAGAAAAUGAAUUCAUGUCUAGAAGUCUGGAGUGAACAGACAGGAACAAGAUGCAAAAGGAAAACAAAAGCAACCCACAGACGCCUCUUGACAGGAACAAGAUGGACCUAGAAAAUAAUUCAACCAAACUAGAGUGUAGUAAGCGUGCUCUUACAAUGUGUGUAGGGGUGGGUGUUCUCCUGGGUCUCAGGGACCUCCCCUUACCCACCAGCUCCUGAGUGAGGAUGGGCGGUUAAUGAUGUCACCCUGAAUGUUCCUGGAUGGUUUCCAUUGCUAUAUACUCAUUUUAUAUUCAGCACAUUAAACCACAGUGCAUGCCGUGAAA